UGGUGACGGCAAACAAGGCGCACACUCGAGGGGCCGCGGCCGGGCUACUACCACCGUCGCCGCCAUGAUCCCCCCUGCGGACUCUCUGCUCAAGUAUGACACCCCGGUGUUGGUGAGCCGGAAUACGGAGAAGCGGAGCCCCAAAGCACGGCCACUGAAAGUCAGCCCCCAGCAGCCUGGACCCUCCGGUCCAGUCCCACAGCCACCAAAGACCAAGCUCCCCUCAACUUCUUGUGUCCCAGAUCCUACAAAGCAGGCAGAAGAAAUCUUGAAUGCCAUCCUACCCCCAAGGGAAUGGGUGGAGGACACGCAGCUAUGGAUCCAGCAGGUGUCCAGCACCCCCAGCACCAGGAUGGAUGUGGUGCAUCUCCAGGAGCAGCUGGACCUGAAGCUGCAGCAGCGGCAGGCCAGAGAGACCGGCAUCUGCCCCGUGCGCAGGGAGCUCUACUCGCAGUGUUUCGAUGAGCUGAUCCGAGAGGUCACCAUCAACUGUGCGGAGAGGGGGUUGCUGUUGCUGCGAGUCCGGGACGAGAUCCGCAUGACCAUCGCCGCCUACCAGACCUUGUACGAGAGCAGCGUGGCCUUCGGCAUGAGGAAGGCGCUGCAGGCCGAGCAGGGGAAGUCCGACAUGGAGAGGAAAAUUGCAGAAUUGGAAACAGAAAAGAGAGAUUUGGAGAGGCAAGUGAACGAGCAGAAGGCCAAGUGUGAGGCCACCGAGAAGCGGGAGAUCGAGAGGAGACUGGUGGAGGAGAAGAAGCACAACGAGGAGAUUCAGUUCCUCAAGCGCACGAAUCAGCAGCUGAAGGCCCAACUGGAAGGCAUUAUUGCACCAAAGAAGUGAUCAUUUCCACAUGGGUCUCAGCAAGCACUGCUACCCCAUCCUAAGCCUGUUGUAAUAAAAAAAAGCUAGUUUCCUGAGUGAACAAGCCAUACCCUCCCCCUGAUCCCCACCUACAUGUUUGUCAGAAGUCA